AUGUCAGACAUCCAGCUCUACCUGCUCGAGGUAGACAAGAACAAGCCUGAAGCGGAACGGAUAGCCACGCAAAGUGCCACCAAACUCCAGGAAAAACAACUAAAACUCAUCGACCUCAUCACCAGCCUCGAGGAGUACAUCAACAACAAAAGCGACGGCGCCAUCCGCGCCAAAGCAGUCGCCUACCUUGCCGAUGUGCUCGAACAUGUCCCUCUAAAGGUCUUGUCGGGCCAAGAAAGAAGGCUUCUGAACGACUUCAUUCUUGGCCGAUUGGAGGGCGAUGUCGAAGGCGUCGGGGCUUCAGCGAGGGCGCUGCUUGCGCUCGAAAGCCUUGGGAAAUGGGACGCGGAGACUGCACAGAAGGUGAUGCGGACGUUCAUGGACCAUACGCAUCCUAUUCGGCAGUUCAAGCUCCAGACGGAGCGAUAUCCGAUCAUUCAACUCGUGGACCGUUUGCUGGCCAAGUAUCGGACGGCUAUCAAGCAGAUUCACGAGGAUGACCCACAGUUCAUGGAAGGCUUCAUAUCGUACUUCGAAGGUGAGAAGGAUCCACGGAACUUGAUGAUUGUGUUCUCGUUGCUUCAGGUCCCCAUGGCUGAGUGGGAUAUUCAAGCCAACGCACAGGAUAUGUUUGAGGCUGUCUUCAACUACUUCCCGAUUACGUUCAAGCCACCGCCAGACGAUCCAUAUGGUAUUACUGCGCAGGAUCUGAAAGAUCGGCUGCGAGACUGCAUAGCGGCGAACUCUGAUUUUGCUCCUUAUGCGUUCCCGGCGUUGCUGGACAAGCUGGACUCGACCUCGAUCAACACGAAGAGAGAUGUGUUGCAGACGCUCCAAGCAUGCAUCAGUCGGUACCUUGCCAACACGAUCAACCUAUACUCCGUUACCUUGUGGGACGCAUUGAAGUUCGAGAUUAUAAACAUUCAAGAGGAAGACCUUGCGCAGGAGGCGCUGAAGGCUCUCGAACUCAUCGCUGAGAAAUUCGCAACAUCCGAAGGACCGCUCAACUCAUACAUUCGCCCCAUCGUGAAGGAGUGCAACGAGCACCUCGAAGACGCGCCGACAAAGCAAUCACAAGGCGCUGGCAGGAUUCUGCAUGCCGUCUCCAAGGCUGGCCCUACAGUAGCCGACAAGAUUGCUAAAGGGGUGUUCCCAGUUUUGUUCACGCUUUUCCAAUCUUCGGAAUCCAUUGCAAAACGGAGAGGGCUUAUCGAGGUCUUCAAUCAGAUCGUGAGCGCAUAUCGAGACCUUCAAAUGUCAGAUCCAAAAGCAAAUGCAGAGGCCUUGCAAGCCUUUGCCGACGAUGCUCUCAGCGCUAUGGUCCGUGCUAUUGCCAAUGCACCAAAGGCUGAAGUCUCCUUCCGGCUGGCAGCGUUAAGCGGCCUUUCGCAACUAGCAACUGUUCGCAGUGCUCUGUCAGAAGAUCAGAUCAAGCGUGCCAUAGACGCGAUCGACGAAGUCAUCCUGCACGAGCGAAUCGAAGGCCAUGGCGACAUCAGUGCGGAAGCUGUCAAGAGCUUGGUGGACGUUGCCCACGCCCUGCCGGAGGCCGUACGCCAGCAAUCAAUACCAGCAUUCAUGGUGCAGCUACCAGAUGUACCGCAAGAUGGAGCGUCCUGGAAGCCGGUGCUAGAAGCAUUUGUCCAGCUCAGCUCAGAGCAGCAGAUCUUUGACACAGUUGCCGUCCGCAUCAAGAACAAGUUGAACGCUGCGAAGUUUCAAAAUGCAUCGAAGGAGUACCAGCGUGCGCUUCUCCUAGCUCUUCUCUACGUGUUCACUUACGGGUCGCCCAUGCGAGAAGACGGCACAAUUCGAAGCUCGUACUUCUCCGACUACGCUGAGCCCCUGAUUGACAGGCUUCGAGAUGCUCUACCUUCCGAACAGGAUGAUUCGACUGCAGAGAUCAUCGGUCGCCUGACCAAUGUGAUUCUCAGACAACAAUCGCCACAUUUUCAAAGCUCAAUAUACAACAAGAACAUGGAAUGGAUGCUGUCUUCCGCUGAUGGCAUCGACACCGCCGACUCGAGAGUGCGUCGAUUCGCGCCGUUCUCGACGUACUACUAUGCCUCCCUACGCCCUGAAAUCGUCGAUCCAUCGAACAUUGUCUCCUUGCUGAAAGCAGUCUCUCACUAUCUUCUGGGCGGAACACAAGACUCUACAGGCUCGAGCAUCGUUGCGCGACACUUGUCGCUAGUGAUCAACAAGUUCCUCAAGUCCGACUCGAUGCAGAGAACGCUCCAGGAUGCAGGCAUAGAAGUCGAAGCCUUGCUCAGUGGUGAAGCAACCCCUGAAAAAGUCACCGUGGCUUUCGCAGUUGUCAAGGCUCUCAUCAUCCAAGGCCGAAGCGGUGCAUUGAUGAUGAAGUACAUUCAACUCCUAUUACAGACCCUGCCCAAAGCGGACAAGACAUUUGCACGAAGAUUCGCUGAACUGCUGGCUCCCGAUGACAUUCUCACCAAGGACAACCAUUGCUUGGUAUCGAACCUCUACAAGCAGAAGACCUUCAGCCAGACUAUUUCACCCAUGGUCGAAAGCGUGAGGACCGCAGAAGCGAGUGUGAAGCCCAAGUACCUCGUUGCCAUGUCGGGCAUUCUGAGAUGGCUUCCCUACUCUAUCAUCGAGUCCUCGCUAGGCUCCCUAAUGCCCUCACUACUUCAAAGCCUGGAUCUGAACGACAAAGCCGACCAACCUGUCAAGGACUCCACUCUGACCGUGUUCGAAUCACUCUUGAUGCACGACCCGAACAUCGCAGCAGAGCACUCAGCAUCGCUCAUCACGCGACUGCUGAACGCAACUUCGGGCCCUGGCAACGUCGCCAAAGUCAGGGAGAAGGCACUGCAGUGUCUGACGCUUGUGCCGCGGCAGCUGAAGAGUGAAGCUGUGGUGCCGUACCGGAGACCGGUGGUUAAAAAGCUGCUUGGAUGUCUUGAUGAUGCGAAGAGGAACGUGAGAGCGGCUGCUGUGAAAUGUAGAAGUGCUUGGUUGGCGUUGGAGGAGGGGGCUGAUGAGGAGGAUUGA